ACAAUGACGCCUUUGAUUACGAAGGAUUCGCUAUGAAACAGGAAACAGGCCGAGGCAGUCUUAGAUGUGACCUCACACACAGCGACACCGGUAGCAGUGAUGAGGAAACAGAUCGAAGCAGUCCUACAUCUGACGUCACACACAGCGACAGCAGUGGCAGUGUCACAUGCUGCGACACCUGUAGCAGUGAUGAGGAGGAAUGUGAAACUGGCGUUUUUCGCGAUUCAUUCUGGGAAAGCGAUGUCAUUGAUACCACUGACAUGAUUAUUAUAUUUGAAAAAACGAAACUAGUGUUUUCCGGGACCCAAUGAGCAGUGACACCAUUGAUUUCAAUGAUAUGAUAGUAGAGGAGAUCAGUGAAAGCAGACCCCUAGCCGAGCAUCCUUACAGUGACAUCUACGGUGGCAAUGAAAUAGGAGAGCGUACGCCGACGAAGACACCAACUACGCCUCGUGGCUGCUGACGCGCACAGUCAACCCCGCGGUGAACGCCUGCCUCGACUUGCACGCGUACGUGUGCGGCGGCUACGACGGAGCCGUCGGCCGUCCCCUCGAGGAGUACGUCGCCGCCAACACCACGGCGGCCAUCAAGACGCACUUCCUGAACAUCGCCGGCCGUUCCUCGACGCGUCGCCAGGCUAAGACUAGCCACGACUCCGAGGCCAGGGCGGUGGCCUUUUACCGCAGCUGUCUGAAGACGGGCCGCGCGCACGAAGACCCAACGGUCACCGCCAACGCCAGGGCGCUGGUCAAGUUUCUGGAACAGAACCACCUCAACUUCCGGCACGUCGACGGCGUCGACCUCGUGGGAAAGGCGCUGGAACUGCUGACGCGCUACGACCUGCAGGUCUUUUUCGCCCUCGAAGUCCAGUUAUUCCCGUGGCUGAGCCGGAGCAGGAGGUUCGUGCGCGUGGUGGCCAGCCCCGCCUUCGAAGAGUGGAAGGCGCGGAAGGCCUCCUUGCACCGCGCGGAUUUCGGGAGGUUCGUCGAGGAAGUUCUCUCCCUGAGUGGCGUGGGUCGGCGCCGGAUAGCCGACCUAACGGACGCGGUGCGAACCAUCGAAGGCCGCGUUCAGGAAACGAGUCGCGCGGACGAAGAACCCGACGAGGUGACGCAGGCCACCUGGAGGCGUUACCUGGACGACCACUCGCGGCACGUCUUCAUGGCGGAUUCCUACGACUUGGACAUCAAUAGCUCGAACGCGGCCCGCUUCUUCCUGGCCGCGACUCGCGUCUUGGACCGCGGUCAGCGAUCGGUCUACCUCAGCUGGCACGUCGCCCGACACGUCGCCGAGGUCGCCCGUUUGGUGCCGCGGCACUCGAGCAAAGACGAGGUCGACGACGCCAAGACGUACUGCUACGACCACGCCUACGGCGAAUACAAGCACGCCAUCAUGGCCGCGCACCUCUUCAAGUUCGUCAAUGAGAGUAGGCUGCAAGAGGUGAGGAAGAUGGUUCAUUCCCUCGCGAUCGAAGUUCAAAACAGCAUCAGUCGUUCCUCCUGGCUGCCGGCGAAGACUAGGGACAAGCUCGAAAGGAAGGUCGGGAGUAUCAGGUGGAGGAUCGGCUACCCGGCCGGUCUCAGCGAGUGGAAAGGCGUCGACGAGUUCUACAGCCGCCACCCCCGUUCCACGGGCGUGUUCGUCCGGGACUACCUGGAAGCGCGCGAGGCGCGAAUGCGCGCCUUCUUCGCCACGUUGCGCAGCCGCGUCGCUAAACCUGAGGAGUUCGACUUCGCCAACGACGCGCCGGGGGUCACGUACGGCACGCCGAACGAGGUCAGCGUGCCGGCCGUCGCCCUGGUGUGGCCUCUGUUCAACUACCGCGGGGCACCCGAACUAAACUACGGCCUCCUGGGCUCGCUGCUGGUCGAGGCCAUCAUGCGGGCCUUUGGCGGUGCCAACAUGAUGCACGACGGCCGCGGUUCGCCGAUUCCGUGGUCCGCCAAUCACCGGCGGCUGUUCAAGAAGAAGUACCACCGCUGCGACAAUCUGAGGGAAGGCCCGCUUCUAUUGAGCCAGGCCUCCCGGCGCAGCAACGCCCGCGUGCCGACGUCUUCCCGGGGUCGGGACCUCGGCUCUCGGCCCGGAGUGUCCGUCGGGGCGCAAGCCCUGUACAGGGCGUACAAGAGUGCGGCGGCGUCUUUCGGCAGCCGAAGCGUCCGGGGCUUCGAGGCCCUCCGCGGAGACCAGCUGUUCCACGUGGGGCGCUGCUUUCUGUCUUGCGGCGACGCCCACGACGGUGUAGCGGACCCCCUGUUCGCCGGACACCGCUGCAACAGGAUGGCCCGUCAGUCGUCCGAAUUCGCCGCCGCGUUCCGCUGCGACGAGGCGUCGUGGGCGCCCGCGGGCAGUCGCUGCGAUUUUUGGUGAAAGUAAAACGGAGACGAAAAACCUGUAUAUGUAGCGAGUGCUCGGAGUGAGUUGCGCAGUCUUAAAGCAACCCCCUUGCCACCCCCUCUCCUUCGUCCUCCUUACCAUCAGGUCCCGUUGUAAGUUUUGGCUAUAGACUUGGAGCUGUA